UGUUACUUGCGUGUCGUGGAGACAGGUAGUGAGCUUCGCUCUCCGCUGCCGAGCGGGCUCGUAAUAGAUUAGUUGGAAUAGGGCACGUAUUUCAGAAAGGAGUAACUAAGUCCGUGCUUCAUAGCACACUUCAUACAAGCUCCAAGAGGCAAUGUCAGCUCUGAGAUUAUACAUUCUUCGAUAGAGCCUUCGGAAACGAGCCCUUUGGAAAGGCGAAGUCUGCUCCGUGUCUUUCGAACCCAGGAAAAAAGUCUGACGAGUCGAGCAAAAGACAAAUCCGCACAAACACAGUAGCCGCAAGUAGGAGAGUUGCCAGCGUCCUGCAGAAGAUCCAUGUAACACAGAGCAUCGGAAAAGAACAGACUGUGAGUGACGCCGAAACCGCGGAACACAGCAAAGAGUACAUUAGUGGGGCAAAAGGACUUUCAGAUAAGGCAAGUCCCCCUCGUUGCCCUCUAGAAGGAAACACUAGCCCACAGUCUUCUUUCUCAAAGUCACACGAACCAUACUGUCCAGAGUCAGGCUUGCUUAAGCCGAAAGAGUUGGCCCAUCACAGCCCAAAAGCUGGAAUCUCACGCCCUGAGGAGGCCCACGGCAGCCUCAACGGCACGGCCCCGCCGCGCUACAACAGUUCUCAACUCCAGGAGAUCCUCUACGGCGGCCCGGAUGCCCCGCUGCACCAUCCCCGAGCGCCGCCGUACCACUUCGACGACCCUGGCGGGAGUCUAGCCUUGGGAGAUAAGAUGGCGACAACCCGUCAUAUGUCGCUCCUGGAAAGGAAAAAGAAACAGUGGGAAGAAGAGAGAGCCUUCCUGAACGGCGGAGGUUGUGGCUUCUGGGGUCGGCAGGCCCCGUCGGAGCCCAAGCGUGCUCCCCUGCCGACAGAUAAGCCUCCAGAUAAUCACGUGCAGCAGCAGGAGGCACAGUCACAACAGCAACAAACACAACUGCAGCAGCAGCAACAACAGCAGCAGCAACAACAGCAGCAGCAACAACAAUAUAUGCAGCAGGAGCUGCAUCAACAAUAUGUCUACCACAGUCAACAGCAGUUACAGCAGGCACAGCAGUCUCAGCAACAGGCGUACCACAGUCCACAACCACCCCCGCAGAGUCAGCAGGCUCUGGUGGCUUACCCCCCACCGGGUCUCAAGGAGAGUGGCUCCCGUCCCUCUGUAGCGCCCUCCGCGGCCCCCUCGCACGCCCAAACAGCCCAAUCCAUGCCCCAAACUCCAUUCCAGUACCCUUUUUAUCUGCCCAUGCAGCUACCAAUGGGCAUGGGGAGCCUUAACGGAGCUCCUGUAUACCUGGUGAUGCCUCCUGGUUCUGGGCCUUCUGCGGCCGGCGGGGGGGUGCCAUCCGGACACGCCGGUGCCCCUGCCUUCCUGCCGGAGUUCCUCAGGAAUUUCCAGUUCCCUUCCUCCGACCAGGGCGGGGCAACCAUCUACGAACUGCCCGAAGGAGGACAUUACAACAGGACUCAUGAAGGUGAGCCCCACUCCGCCCCGGCCUCCUCCAGAGGGUCGCGGGGGCCUGACGAAGCCCAUGAGCCCCUGCGGUACGACUCUCGGGCCCAGAGAGCGCAGCAGCACGCCCAUUACCACACGCACCACGGGGGCGGAUUGGACGACCGUGGCGGUGGAGGCAGGGCCCGCUGGGGGGACCGAGGAGUGGGCGUGGGCCACCUGUGGGCGCCCGGGGAUGAAUCCUCACCCGGGGGCCGGUCGGGAGAAGUGUUACCCCCGGCCUGGGCGGAGCAACAGGAGGACAAUGUGCUGCCGGGGGCGCCACUCUCCAAGCAAGGCCAAAGGACGUACGCGCGGGGAGGCGGGAUGAGCAAAAUGGACCCGGAGGAAAUGGCCGAGAAAGAGAGGAGGAAGAAGCAGGCGGAGGAGACGCAGAGGAUCAUCAAGCAGCAGCUUGAAGACAAGAGAAGACAGAAGGCCAUAGAGGAAGAGCGGGAGAGGAGAGAGGCAGAGAUGUGGGAGGAGAGAGUGAGAGUGCAGCAAGAACGAGAAGCAAGAGAAUAUAAAGAGGAAAUGAGAAAAAAGAAAGAAAAGGAGGAGGCCGAGGAGCGACGGCAGAGGCAGCUGCAGUCGGCCAUCGAGGAGGCGGCGGCGAAGGCCAGGAGGGAGAAGGACGUCUGCAAGUACGGCCACAUCCGCCAGUCCUCGAGGGGCGGACCGCUGCCGGACGUCGGGGAAGAGAAGGAAGAUUUAGAUCAAGAAGACUCGCACUCGAGGCCUGAGACGAAGCAGCAGCACCGUCGCCAUCAGCAGCAGCAGGAGCAGCAGCAGGAGCAGCAGCAGGAGCAGCAGCAGGAGCAGCAGCAACCAGAACGGCAUCGGGAGCAGGAGCGCGCCGAGACACGGCAGUGGGAGCGCGGCGAGCAGAGCGCGUCCCCGCUGGCCCCUUCGCGCUUGGCAAUUCCUCACAUCAAGGCGCCCGCCGCCCCUGACGGCGAGGACGAGCGAGCGAAUCUGCUGCGGAGCCUGGGCCUGACCCCCGAGGUGCUGUUCGCGUCAUCCGGCCUCUUCGACCGGACGGCGCUCCUGACGCUCCUCACGGCCGCCGCAGGCCAGAGGACGUCAAUUGCGUCUCACGACUCCCCGGCAGAUUACAUCACAGACCGCAUCAUCACCCCGACCAAGUACAGAAGCCUGCGGGAAUGCGGCACUCAGUGCGACGAGCCUCCUCAUGCCAGCCCGCGAAGGGAGACUCGGCGCCGAAGUAGCAGGAGGAAGAAAUCUCCUUCUUCCUUGCCUCGAAACCCAGGUCACGUGAGCGACUCCCGCCCUCCCUGGGGGCAAAACCACAGCGACAGGCCCUACAGGAAACAGUCUGAGAAGGACCCCUACGCUAACCGGAGGUUCAGAAGGAGAAGCACAAGAUCCCUCGGACGGUGCGAGCGUGACACAGCCACGGAGGAGAGCGACAACCCGCAGCCACACCGUCGCCGGAGAAAAACGUGGGACAAGUCCCGCCAGGAGUCCCUCUCCUCGGAUAUAUCUAGGUCACCAUCACCUCGAGGAAAAGGUCGGCUCAGCAGGUCUUCAUUUACCUCCAGUCACUGGCCGCACAUCAAGCCCUCCCUCACGCCGGGCCUCCAGCACCGACCCUUCACGCCCGAGGCUGAACAGCCACCGCCGUCUCCGCCACCCGAAGCUGCCAGUCCUGCCGACGCUGGCAGGGAGGCAGCGGACGAGCCCGACGACGACGACGACGUGGUCACGCCCCCGUCGCCCCGCGUUCCCACGGCUGCUAGAUCGAGUUCGCCCCCUGUGCCCGCUCUCCUGAACAAGCUCAAAGGCGAGUCUUCAUUCGACGUACCAGAAUACCCCCCGGGACAGGAACCGCCAGGUGUGGAGCCCCCCCGGAGCAGAAGUCCUCCUAUCCCCACUGUUCUCAAGCGACUUAGCAGCAGCGGGGGCUCUACGGGCACGCCCACCCUUCCCGAGUUGCCCUCUUCCUCACGACCAUCGUCGCGGCCGCAGUCACCAAGAACGUUGUCGCGCUCAAGCCCAAGUAGUCCUGGAAGGAAAUCUAGUACUGCAGGACGACCGAGAACUGACUCGUCCCUGACCGUGCCGUCGCCGCUCCAGUCCCGCCCCCCCACGCCCAGGCGGCUCCCUCCCAUGACGCCCACAAAGACCGAGGGUCCUUCAUCUUCACCGCGUCCGUCGCCUGCCUUUCGCUCGACUUCACCGCCGGUCCCGGCGUUGGCCAGAAAGCUGUCGACGGAGUCCAGACUCAGCUACCCUUCACCUGAGGAACCAGCUGCUGAUCACCUGCUGACGCCGGUGGAGACUCCUGGGUCCCCGCCCCUCCACUCCUCCAGCACUUCUCCAGCCUCGGUUGCAACAUCCGGGGUGUCUUCGCGCCCGGGGAGCGCCACGUCGGUUCAGGAUGAGGAUGGACGUACCCUCAGCGUCACCUCCUCUGGGUACGAGUCUGGCAGGAGGUCAUCAGGGGAGCCAAGGUCCCUCUCAGAACCGCUCGUCUCCCCCGAUAAGUGGGUCAUCUUGAAAAGCCUCUCCUCUCUCCGCCAGAACCUCUGGCGAAGGCACCAGGAGUUGUCCCAACAGCCGGACUCCGAUGGAUCAUGCUGACAAAUAAUUGCCGCUUCGGCGGCACAGCAAGGCUUCCCUGAUUACCUGUCCCUUUCCACCGAGGUU